GGUUGGUCUUUCAGCCACCAAGGUUAACCAUGAACCUUGAACAUGUAUUGUUCAAAGACAAAGCUAGGCAGACAGAUCAGAGAACAACCAAGCAUUAUCGCCUUAUUCAAUGCUAUGCAACUAAUUCGAAUGGCCGUUCAUUGCUUCACUGCCUUGGGGUUCUACUGAGCAGAUGAAGUAUAUAAACCUGUCAUAAGUUUCAUGUUGAAUCAUCAACAACACGCUUCAACAUAACCCGACCUUCAUAAACAGUCAUUUCUCUUGAGGUUUCUGCAACUAUAUAGCAACAGGAAAAGAGCCAACACGUCUGUCAUGCCCCAAGACGCCGUCGAACACUACUACGCGGCUCACAAGCUUGUAGAGAGGGUUGAGGAUUGGGCGAAAGAGGUUAGCAUCGCCACAGAAGACACGGAGUUGGCUGCGCCCAUCAAUCCUGAGGCCAAGGUGCCUCGCAUAAUCAGGUCCUUGCUCGAGCAACACGAAGAAGCCCGGCUUAUUAUGGAUCUAAUUGAGGAACAGCUCUUGAAACUCAACUAUGAGCUUCCACAGAAAGGAUUCACUGCGCCCACUUCUUCUAAGUACGGUGGCUCGAGCCAUCGAGGAGGGUCACACCGUGAGUACCUCGCGGAAGACUCUGAUGCUCAGGUUUGCCCACCGGGGGAGAUCUGGCCGUACAUUCCGUUGGGCAGUGAUUCUGGGGACUCGUCUAAAAAGAAGAAGAAGAAAAGCAAGAGACCCAAGACCGAGGAGGAAAAGAAUCGGCAUAUCAACAAGGUUUUCAUCCGCGAGAACGGAAUUCUUCCCUUGUUGGAUCCUAGCGCACAGCUUUGAGACCGGACUUGGGGUCCUGUUCUUCACGUAUCUAAUCUAAUCAGGGUGAGUCGGAUUCGGAGCUGUCGGAUAGUUCAAAAGUCAGUCACAGAAAUAGAAUCUCGGUAAGUUUUAAUCGAAGUUAUUCAUACAGCA